AUGGCUGCUCUCUCCCUCGGCCGGGCUCCCGCCGUCAGCGACCUCGAGGCACAGGCGGUCGCGCUCCUCGAUCGGAUCGCCCGUUUGGAGGCCGUGCCCGGAGCAGCACGGCUGCAGCGCCGCGUAGAGAGCGAGCUGGACGCCGUGCGAGGGGACGAUUCGAGCGGCUCGCGCCUGCUUGGCGCCGCCAACAACUUGAUCGCAGUCGAGUUUGAGCUCGAUGUCUGGGCGCCGUCUUUGAUUGGCUCAACUCCGCCGAUGGCGUGGCAUGCCGCGCCGAUCGCAAUGCCGGGCGGUUGA